CUUUUUCCUUCAAAGUUCCUUCUGCCUGUGCAAAAGCUCCGUUCUGCCAGCCGUUCAACAACUUGUACAAGGCGUUCUGCAAACCGGGAACGGCCUUUCCUUUUGCAAGCAACUUUUUUUCGCCAUGGCUUGCACCGCAUCUGUGUCUGUUAUGCAGGCGGCCGCUUUUGCGACCGGGGCGUCUCAGAGCUCUUUCCUAGGGGCAAAGCACUUUGCUCCCGCCCCUUGCAAGGCCCUUCCCAGAAGCCAGAGGUUGUCCUCUGGGGUGCGCGCUUCCUCCAGGGUUGACAAGUUCAGCAAGGACGACAUCAUCGUGUCGCCCUCAAUCCUGUCCGCCAACUUCUCCCGGCUGGGCGAAGAUGUUGCCGCCGUUGACAAGGCGGGUGCUGACUGGAUCCACGUGGAUGUCAUGGAUGGACGCUUUGUGCCUAACAUCACCAUCGGACCUCUCGUGGUCGAUGCUCUGAGGCCGAUCACAGAUAAGCCCCUUGACGUGCAUCUCAUGAUUGUGGAGCCCGAGCUGCGGGUGCCCGACUUCAUUAAGGCCGGCGCUGACAUCGUCAGCGUGCACGCAGAGACCGCGGCCACCAUCCACCUGCACAGGACAGUCAACCAGAUCAAGGACCUGGGCGCCAAGGCAGGCGUGGUCCUCAACCCUGGUACACCCCUUUCCUCCAUCGAGUACGUCCUAGAUGUUGUUGACCUCAUCCUGAUCAUGUCCGUAAACCCCGGGUUCGGCGGGCAGAGCUUCAUUGAGAGCCAAGUACAGAAAAUCAAGGAGCUAAGAGCCAUGUUGAACGAGAGGGGCCUGAACCCCUGGAUCGAGGUCGACGGCGGUGUUUCUCCCAAGAACGCCUACAAGGUCAUUGAGGCUGGGGCGAACGCGAUUGUGGCUGGUUCGGCGGUGUUCGGCGCCAAGAGCUACAGCGAAGCUAUCGCUGGGAUCAAGGCAGGCAAGAAGGUGCCUGCCACCGUAUAGUCUGAUUUGAGUUUGUGUAGGUAUGGUAUUUGGUCGAUCUUGUUUGAAAGCAGACUGUGGAUCCCAUGACGUUCAGAUCAACGUGCAGUGUUUAAUUCUGAAAGUUCUUAUUCCAAGGAAGUAUUGCACCGUCAUCUGUGCACAUGUUGGUAUGGCUGCCAGGAUUGGUCUCUGGUUGUGGUGGAAGUUUGGUGCCCCGAAUAAUGAGA